AUGUCAAGUGAAUUAAAAUCUUCUUCAACUUCAAAGGAUUAUCGUCAAAUUCCUGAUGUCCCACUAGUGUCAGUUUCAAAUACUUACUUUGAAGAUCUUAUACUGACAACGCGAUCAAGACCAAUACCAUGGGAGGGUUAUCAAAGUGCAGGUAUUAUAACUUCGGAAGAAUUUGAACUUUUGAAACGAGUAGAUAAGCAAAGUCGUGAGCAAUUAAGAACGGUCAUGAAGACGGAUGCAGCAAAUUAUGCAGAAUUAUAUGCAAACCUUUUGAAAAAAGUGGCAAAAAAUGAUACAGUUCAAUAUACACUUGUUUUAAUUAAUGACAUGCUUUCAGAUGAUGAACAAAAUGCUCAACACUUUCACGCAUUAUCUAGCAAAGAUGAUCCUAAUCAUCCAUAUCAAAUAUUUACAAAACUUUUGAGUUCUGAUGAUGAAUUUAGUCAAUUAAUUUCAGCAAAAGUUUUGACAGUAUUGAUAUGCACUGCACAAAAAAAUCUACCAAUCAAUUUCCGUGAUUUCUUUAAUUGGAUCAUUUUAAGAUUGAAAAGUAAUAAUACUGAGGUGUAUGAAUUGGCUGUACAAAUAUUGGAAUCGAUCCUAAGAGUACCAGCUAAUCGUAUAAAAUUUUGGAAUAUUCAACAAGGAGUUGAAACGUUGGCUACUCUUCUUAAAGUUAGAAAUCCCUCUUUACAAAUGCAAUAUCAGAUCAUCUUUUGUUUUUGGCUUUUAACGUUUAAUAAAGAAGUAGCCGAAGAUUUUAACAAGAAAUUUGAUCUCAUUCCAACUUUAAUUAACAUAGCUAAAAGUGCCAUCAAAGAAAAAAUUAUUCGUGUUAUCAUUGGAACUUUUAGAAAUCUUGUUGAAAAGGCGCCAGAAUCGAAUUUACCAACAAUGUUGGUUGCAAAACUUUUAAAUUUCUGUGAAAAUUUAUCGGGACGUAAAUGGUCAGAUAGUGAAAUUGUUGAAGAUAUUGAAUUCUUGAGGGUUAGAUUACAAGAAAAUUUUUAUAAGAUAUCAUCCGGUAUGUUACACUGGUCACCACCACAUGAAUCUGAACAGUUUUGGAAACAAAAUGUAGCGAGGCUGAAUGAAAGGGACCACGAGUUAAUAAGAAUAUUGGCUAGGUUACUUAGUACUUCAAAUGAUCAUACAGUAUUAGCUGUUGCAGCUCAUGAUCUUGGACAAUAUGUAAAACAUUACCCAAGUGGAAAGAAAUUUUUACAAGAAAUUGGGGCGAAACAACGAAUAAUGGAAUUAAUGACAUAUGAAGAUUCAGAAGUCCGUUAUCAAGCUUUGUUAGCAGUGCAAAAAUAUAUGACACAUGCAUGUUGCCAGAUUCCAAGAAUGCUGGAAGGACUUCCUGGUAUUGUUUGGGCACAUUUAGAAAGGUAUCAUG